AGACUGAGGAGGAGAGAAGGGUCUCUUUCGUUCUCUUAUCUAGUGUGUAUAUAUUAUAUAUUACCCCAAACAGAUGUAGGCAAAGAUAAAUUGUACAUUUCUGUACAGAAAAGAAAAAAAAAAUGAAAGAAAAGAAAUAACGCGGUCAUGUACAGCUUUUGAGAAAGAAAUUGAGAUUGCUUUGGCUUGUGGUUUUAUAUUGACUUGGCGGUCAUCAUCAUCAUCAUGGCACAUAGUGGUAUUAAUGACAUCAAUGGCACUGCCAUGUACGGCGAGGGAAACCCCUCGGAAUUGAGCUGCGUAUUUAUGGAGGGCAAUAAUAUGGGUCUGAAGAAAGGUCCAUGGACGGCGGUGGAGGAUCGAAUUCUGAUGGAGUACGUGAGCAAACAGGGCGAAGGGAACUGGAAUUCGGUGCAAUGGAAUUCCGGGCUCAAGCGUUGCGGCAAGAGUUGCAGGCUCCGGUGGGCUAAUCAUCUCCGCCCUAAUUUGAAGAAAGGUGCAUUCACACCCGAGGAAGAGAGACUCAUUCUUGAACUCCACGCCAAAUACGGCAACAAAUGGGCUCGCAUGGCCUCUCAGUUACCUGGACGAACAGAUAAUGAAAUUAAAAAUUACUGGAACACAAGGGUGAAGAAGCGACUACGCAAAGGUCUUCCACUAUAUCCUCAUGACAUUAACCCAUCCAAACGAGUAUGUCAGUCACAUUCUCAUUCCCAACAAAACGCAAUGAGCAUUCCCACAGGAGUAACCCAACUUUCAACCACCACAGUACCACAGACAGACACUAGUUUUAGCUUCCAAUUACAAGCCUCAUCAUCCCAAAACAAAACCCAACUCCCUCCCCUCCCCUCCCAAAACCAUCCCAACUCCACUCUCAAUCAUUCCCUCUCUCUAUUUGAUCUCACCACCUCGUCCUGCACUACCUCGGUGCCCUCGUUUACCUUCCACCACCCCACUCCAAUGCUUGGAACCCCGUUAGGCUACAAACGUUACCAAUAAAUUACUGGGUUCUCGCCUCCUAUUUCUCCAACUCCACAAAGAAAUAGCUCCAUUUUGCGAACCAGCUCCAUGCCCGACAUUGCUUCCUAUCAACAGUUUGCAUCAGGCACAGGCACCAUGCCUGACAACACCUCUUUUCAGUUCCAGCCACAGACUUUCAAUGAGUCUUUAUUGCCAUUGCCCCGUACCAGCACCCAGUUCAAUUUCGGGGACAGCUUAUUGUCACCAAUUAGUUCAGUUUAUUCCAUGAAUUCAGAGCUUCCUUCGAGCCAAGUAUCUCAUACACC